AUGAGGACGGCGGAGGACUCGAAUGGGACGGUCCUGCACCGCCUGAUCCAGGAGCAGCUGCGCUAUGGGAACCUCACGGAGAACCGCACGCUGCUGGCCAUCCAGCAGCAGGCCUUGCGUGGUGGCGGCGGUAGUGCUGGUGGUGCCGGUGGUGCCGGCAGCCCCCGCUCCUCCCUGGAGAGCCUCAGCCCAGAGGAGAGCCAAAUGGUGCAGCAAUCCACGCGGCAGGAGCCCCAGGGCCAGGAGCAUCACUCUGACCACGUCUACUUGGAGAACAGCGUCUAUCGGCUCUGCCAGCCCCAGCACAAGGGCGAGGAGCUCCCGACCUACGAGGAGGCCAAGGCGCAUUCCCAGUACUACGCCUCACAGCGGGGUGGGCAGCAUCCUGGAGGAGCCAGCCUGGGAAUUCGGGGUGAAAACGGUCCACGUGGGGCUGAGAGCGGUGCCCGACGCCCCGACGAGGGGCUGAAGGACCUGAAGCACGGCCACGUGCGGUCGCUGAGUGAGCGGCUGAUGCGGAUGUCGCUGGAGAGGAAUGGGGCCAAAGUGCAGAGCCCCAUCAGUGCCUCCCACAGCUACCCCCAGCUCUCCCGCCACCACCAGCUUGCUGCCCUGCGAGGGCAGCACCUCGAAGGGCUGGAGCCACGGGGACCCCCUCCGGAGUAUCCCUACGUCAUCCCUUCCCAGGACGCUUACCUGGCUGAACCCCGACCCUGCUCCCGGGAAGGUCCUGGAUUUCAGCAUCCUGAAAUCAGGGUGCUGCCCACCCACGUCCCCGCCGCUUUCCUGCCGCCACCGGGCGCCCUGUGCCCCAGCACGCUGGGCCCCGCCGGCGUGGAGGCACUGGUGAGCGCCCAGGCAGUCUCGGCCGGCAGCCACCUGGCCCGGGCAGACGCAGUCCAGCGGGAGAACGAGAGGCUCCAACGGGAGAGUGAGAAGCUGCGUCGGGAGCUGGAGAGCUACACCGAGAAGGCGAGCCGCAUCCAGAAGCUGGAGAGUGAGAUCCAGCGCAUCUCAGAGGAUUAUGAAAACCUCGUCAAGGCAUCUUCCAAGCGGGAAGCCUUGGAGAAAGCCAUGAGGAACAAGAGAGACGGCGAGAUGCGGCGGCUCCAGGACUUCAACCGGGACCUGAAAGAGCGGUUGGAAUCUGUGAACAAGCAGCUGGCCAGCAAGACCCAGGAAAGCCAGGAGAGCAACCAGGGCAGCGUGGCCAAACUCCUGGCACAGAGCUACGAGCUCCAGCAGGAGAAGGAGAAGCUGGAGAGGGAGGUCUCCCUGCUGCGCAGUGCCAACGAGGACCAGCGGCGGCGAGCAGAGCUGCUGGAGCAGGCACUGGGCAGCGCCCAGGCACGGGCAGCCAAGGCGGAGGCCGAGCUGCGGAAGAAGCGGGCCUACGUGGAGAAGGUAGAGCGGCUGCAGGCAGCCCUGGGCCAGCUCCAGGCCGCCUGUGAGAAGCGGGAGCAGCUCGAGCUGCGGCUCCGCACCCGCCUGGAGCAGGAGCUGAAGAUGCUGCGGGCUCAGCAGAGGCAGGCGGGUGCCGUGGGCGGAGGGACGCUGGAGCUGAGCACCCACACGCUCUCCGAGCAGCUGAGGGAGAAGGAAGAGAAGAUCCUGGCCCUGGAGGCUGACAUGACCAAGUGGGAGCAGAAGUACCUGGAGGAGUGCACCAUGCGGCAGUUCGCCAUGGAUGCCGCAGCCACCGCGGCCGCCCAGCGGGACACCACCCUCAUCAGCCAUUCCCCACGGCACUCCCCCAACAGCAGCUUCAACGAGGACCUCCUCCUGGCCAGCCACAAGCACCAAGAGAUGGAGAACAGGUUAAAAGCCCUUCACGCCCAAAUCCUGGAGAAGGACGCCGUCAUCAAGGUCUUGCAGCAGCGCUCGCGGAGGGAUCCCAGCAAAGCCCUCCAGGGCUCCCUGCGGCCAGCCAAGUCCGUGCCCUCCAUCUUCGCUGCCUCCGCCGCCCCAAGCUGGCCGGGGGCUGGCCAGAGUGACCGGCUGGCUGAGGGCAGCUCCCGGGGCAGCACAGGCAAAGCCACAGCCGAAGGGGCAGCAGCACCCACUGCCCUCUCCCUGCCCUCCCACUCCAAGCAUGGCAGCAAGGACGGCAGCACACAGACGGACGGGGCAGCCGAGAGCAGCGGCCAGGGCGAGGCCACCGAGCACCUGGCCGGUUUGCUGGAGAGCUCGGCUGCUGCCAGAGCCCUGGACCUGUCCGACAUGGUGGAGAUCCUGAUUUAA